AUGAUGCUAAAUGUGGGAAUGAUGAUACCCUGUGCAGUUUGGAGCGGUCUUGUCACUUUUUUUUGUACAUUAUAUAAUAGAGCUUUGCUCAGUAAUCCUCAUUUAUACCACAACGGUGCAGGCUUUAUUGGCGCAAUAGGCUUUGCCAUUUGUGUUUUUACAACAGCUUAUGUUCGAUUAAAAUAUCCUCGAUUGCUUGUGCCGACUUUACAAGGGUUCACAAUGCCUUUUUUUAUCAUUACUCUGGGAGCUUACAAAACCGAUUACGAUGUUUUGGAGACGAUUCGAACGGUCUAUGGAUGUAUUAUUGGUGGCGUCAUUGCUUUGAUAGUUAAUUUAACGAUUUUUCCUGAAACAGCAGCAAAAGCAGCAGAAAAAUCUAUAGGAAGCACAAUCGAGUCUAUCAAGGAUGUACUGGCUUUUGUACAUGAAGAUUUGCUAAAAAAUGACGAUUCGGGUGUUAUGACAGGUGACAUUGCAGCUAGUACGAAGCUGCAAAAUUUGAACGACAAACUCCAAAAAAAUAUCAACAAUAUGAGGACAGCCAGUCAAAAUGCAAAAUAUGAGAUUAUUGUUGCUUAUUUUUCCCCAAAAGACUACGUACCUUUAGCCAAUUCUCUCAAUUCAUUAUCUCACAACUUGUAUGGAUUUUCUUUAGCUAUCAAACGAGAAGUGCGGAUUAUGAUAGAGAAAAAAAAUGAUCAAGUGCGUUUGAGUAUUUUAUCUGAUGAUACUUUGCUACAACCUCGCGAUUUUAGAAACAUUGACAGACUACAAGCAGCUAUUCAACCUUCGCUCAAAACAUUUUUAUCUUCCUGCAUUACUGCGUUGAAUCAGAUUGAAGCUAAAUUAGUAGAAUACAAAGCUAUCACUCUUCCGAAAUCUGUAAAAGAUAAGCAACCAACCUCAUUCAAUGAAUCUGACCUUGACCUCGAAUUUGAUUUAGAACAAUUUAAAGAAGCAGAAAUGAUACUGCAGGAAGACUACGAUCGAGCAGAUGCUCUUCCUUCAGAGGAUCGCUUUUUAGUCUUCACCGUUAUAUUCACUUUAGUACAGUUCGGUAAAGAUCUCAUCCAGCUGCAAAAAGUUACCGAUGACAUGAUUCUGAAGAGUAAUCGAGGUAAAGCUUGGCCUUUUAGAAUCUAUUUACCUCAUGUCCAUCUUCAGAGCUGGCUCAGCCGUGGAUCAGAGAACAAAGGACAGUCAGCUCCUGAAAAAGUUAUUUUGGAUAAUCAAAGACUUCAGCAAUCAAGGGGUAGCUUUUCAAAUAGUCUUCAUAAAAAUACACGGCCUUUUUUCGAGGAAGAGGGUGAAGAAAAAAACACUACUACAGCAGCAACGGAUGAAGAAGAUGAUAUCGGAUGUAGUGAAAUAUCACGUAGAGUGAGCCUCAUAGCCGACCGUAUACAAGGAAAUAGCGUACCAUUGCAGCAAAUUGAAGCAAAACAACGAUGGAAAAGAUGGUUAUAUAAUUUCAACAAAUGGCUGCAAUAUGGUCCUACUCGCUAUGGCAUCAAAUUUAUGAUUACUUGCAGUCUGUUAUCUCUGAUGGCCUUCCUACCUAUAGAUGGUGUGAACAAAUUAUACAAUGAGAAUCAUGGACAAUGGGCUCUUUUAUCGGCCAUGGUAGUGUUCAACUACACAGCAGGCUCUACUGUCCUACAGUGCUUCUAUCGAAUUAUAGCUACUAUCAUUGGCGCACUGGCCGGUUAUAUAUGUUUAUUAGCUGGACAUAGAGAUGAAAAUCCAUAUGUUAUUGCUGUUUUGGUGUGUAUUUUCCAGAUACCUAUGUGGUAUUUCUUGUUUGCUACCCGUUAUCCACGCAUUGGUUUCAUUUCUAUUUUGACACUGGCUGUUAUUACCUCCACAGGCUAUUUGAACAGUUUUGGUGAAGACGAAUUUGCUCCUGCUUGGAAACGUACGGUUACUGCUUUCAUGGCCAUUAUUGUGGUUAUGUUAGUUGAUCAGUUGGUUUGGCCUGUGCGUGCUUCAGAGCGUCUUCGUAUUGCUCUUGCGGAUCUGUUAAUUGAUACUGGUAUACAUUACUCGCGCGUAGCUUCUUUAGUAUGCCAGGAAGAUACCAACUCACAUCGCUACCUGUCUACAUUCCGUGAUUGUGAAGCCACUCAACGAUCUCUCUUGAAUCAUCUGCGUGUAGUCCGUGAAAUGCUCUCGUUAGUCGAAAGUGAACCUAGAUUUACGAAAGGACCUUUUCCUGGGAAGGAAUAUGCUGAAAUCUUGGAUCACGAGCGCAACAUUCUUUUUUGGAUAUAUCACAUACAGAAAGCACAGUCAUUGAUUAGUCCAAGCGUACGAAAAAUAAUCAUGCAUCCAGUUAAUUCUUACCGCAAGGAACUCGCAGCUGCUGUUCAUUUGUAUCUUUUUACACUGGCCUGCUCCAUCCGUACCAAGUCAUCUUUACCGGCUUCUUUACCUUCUGCCGAAAUGGCAAGGCAUAUACUGCAGACGAAACGGGCCUCACAGUGGAAACAAAAUUAUGAAGAGUUAUGCAAAAUUUCAGCUGCUUCUGUUGCUCAGCGUAAAAGUGCGGAACAUCAGGUAUUUUGGCAUACAUACGCUGCUGGCUGCACUGAAGUAGUUAUUGAACAAGAGGCGAUGGGCGAGUUAGUGGCCCGAUUAAUGGGUCAACAUGUUUUUACGGCCGCAACGAAUGAUUGGCUACGUGAUACAACUAUUUAA